AUGGCGAUGAAAGAGGUUCAGCAACACCGGCAAUCCGGAUCAGGUCUGGCCCCUCCGCGUUUCCGCAUUGGGGACCAGGAGUUCGACGCCCUUCCUGCCCUCCUGGAGUUCUACAAGAUCCACUACCUGGACACCACUACCCUGAUCGAGCCCAUCAGCAAGGCCAAGAACUCGGGCUUCGUCAGCGCGUCCGCCGGCGCCCCCCAGAGGCUGGAGGAGGCCGAGUACGUGCGCGCCCUCUUCGACUUCCCGGGCAACGAUGACGAGGACCUGCCCUUCCGGAAGGGGGACGUCCUGCGGGUGCUGGAGAAGCCGGAGGAGCAGUGGUGGAACGCGCAGAACUCGGAGGGGCGCGCCGGAAUGAUCCCCGUGCCCUACGUGGAGAAGUACCGGCCCGCCUCCCCCACCUCGGCCGGCGGGGGCUCCUCCGGGGCGGCAGGCGGGCCGGGGGCCGCGGGGGCGGGCGGGAGCGCCGACGGACCCGGGGGUCAGCCGCCGUCGCUGGUGGGAGAGCCGGGCCAGUACGCCCAGCCCAGCGUCAACACGCCCCUGCCCAACCUGCAGAACGGACCCGUCUACGCCCGGGCCAUCCAGAAGAGGGUCCCCAACGCCUACGACAAGACCGCCCUCGCUCUGGAGGUGGGCGACAUGGUGAAGGUGACCAAGAUCAACGUGAACGGGCAGUGGGAGGGCGAGUGCAAGGGCAAGCGCGGCCAUUUCCCCUUCACACACGUACGGCUACUGGACCAGCACAGUCCUGAGGACGAGCUGAGCUGAGAUAGGCCUGCCUGGACUCCCCCUCCCCCCCCCGCUGCACACACACUCACUCUCACAUGCACAGACACACACGCACAUGUACACCCUCUACGGCACCAGGUUCCAGUACUUAAGCGUUAGCCGUUAGCGUCUUCUCUAUGCGUCUUCGUCCUGGUCAUGCCCCGCUGUUCUCUCUCCCUCCAGUCAAUGCUGUCGGUCUGACUGCUGAACAGCACCCUCUAUUAAAACAUGCCAUUCCAGUAUUCAGUCCCUGUAUCCACCAGGUGUUUAACACCACAACGGACUGUUCCCUGAACAAAGAAGUGUCCAUACUCGCCCCCUCAUGCAUAUAUGCAUUCUCUCUUGCUCUCUCUAUCUGUCGUACUCUAACACACUGUCACAGGCACACACACACACACACACACACACCAAUAUGCUGCUUCAUCUGUAAACUGCAUAUAUGCCCAAUGCCUCGUGCAUAUAUACAUUCUCCUAUCUUUCUAUUUCUCACUCGCACGCACACACGCAUCCACCCCCAUGUUAACCUCCUGCUUCAUCUGUGGACAGGUUGUCCAUUCCCCAAAAGUCACGUGUACAAACACUAUUAUUCCCAGACGUGCACACAAACACCAAUCUGCUGCUUCCUUGGCAUUGUGUCUAUUGCCUACCAAUCAUGCAUAUGUACUGUUUCACACACACACCCUAUAAAGAGGAUGACAGUAGUGUAUAUUUACCCUCUAGCCCUUUCCUCUCACACGCCUCAGUUUACCCCCCCCCCCCCCGCCCUCCGCCAAACACAGUUAACCUGUUUAGAGGACUUUUAGCGAGGACGUUUAGCGCGCACAGCCACAGAGCCCGUGGAGCACAGUCUGACGGACAAACCUUCCGCAGCCCUCCUCACUGCCUCUGCAAAGGGACAGGGGGAGAGGCCCUGCUGGGGACACAAACACAGCCUCUACAGCGGCCCGAGCAAGGCCACCUCCUCAUCCACACCCCAGCAUCCACCACGACCACUGGGGGGCGCCACUCGGAGCUACAAUCAACACUACAAUCUGCACCACGAGUUUUACAAACCAAGUUGAAUCAAGCCAAGUUCUCUUUUUUUUUUUGUAAUUAAGUGGAUUAGAAAAUACUAUGAUAGAAAUAUGAUAUAAAUAUAUAUUUACCAUUACAUGCUAAAAAAAAAAAUUACAUUUUCACCCUGUCCUUUGUUUUUGUUUUUUUUUUUGUGUGUGCACACGUGCACUUGUGCUUUUUAACCCGUCGUUUUACGCGCGUUCUCCGGGACGCUGGGGACAGGCCUUGUGACCCCGGUAACGUCCCGCGGGGGGAGAUUACGAGCGGGCGGGCGCGCCGCCACGUUGGAGCUCCUCGGGGCGCAGGGUGGAAUUGGGAGCAGUGGAGUCGGGAGCGGACCGCUUCCUGGACAUUCACGGACGGGGAGACGCCAAGGAAAGGAUGGGAGAGCCGGGGCCAGAGGCUAAAGGACGUCCCACAGGCCCCCCCCCUCCUUCCACCAGCACCAGGGUAAAAUCCCCCACCUCCCCCCUUCCCCGGGCGGAGGAGGCGCGGGCGGUGUGCGGCGUGACGCCCUCGGAGCCCACAGCACAGCGGGUGAUGCCAUGGCGGCUGCCCAGGCAGACCGCCUGACUGUGUUAGGAGCUUAAGUUUUGGAUCACUGUCCACUAUCCAACCAGCCCAUAUUAGCUUUGUAUUUUAAAUGUAGCUUUAUAUAUAUAUAUAUAUAUAUGUAUAUAUAUAUAUAUAAUUUGUGUGUAUCAAAAUGAGAAACGUCGCCAGCCUUCGACAGACAGUCCUGUUUUUCAGUUAUUGGGCUAGUAGUUGUAUUUUGCCAUCACGUCUGUGUUGCAGUCAGUCCCUCUGUGUAUAUUGUUUAUUUUUAUGCAUCUCUCUCUCCGUCUCCCUCCCUCUCCCUCUGUCUCUCUCGCUAAUUUUCUCUCUCCCUCGUUGUUUCUGUCUCCCUCCCUCCCUCCUCUCUCUCUGUCUCCCACCCUCUCACUCUCUGUCUCCCUCCCUCCCUCUCUCUCUGUGUCUCACUCCCUCUCUCUCUCCUCCCUCCCUCUCUCUCUCUCGCGCUCUCCCCUCUCUCUCUCUCUCUCCCCCCCCCUCUGACUAAUCAGGCCAGUUGCAUGGCACGCCCUGGCUCGCUCGUUUAUCACAGUCUUUUCUCUACAGCUCUGACGCACAGGGGAAUUCUGUUUCUGCUUCCUCCUCAUCCUCCCCACCUGCUCCCCUUUGUUCUGCCCUCCCCCCCCCUUCCAGAGGAAGCACGCUGGCCUUGAUGAUGUCACAGGGGAGGUGGGCGUUCCUGCGCCCGUUUGCCCCUUACCCCCCCUCCCCCCCAGCGUAGGAUAGUGCAGUGCAGUAUGUCCCACUCUCUCUCCCCCCUGCCUUUGCAGCGACUCAACCUCCAUUUGCACUAAAACGUGUUCACGUUAAAUCCUGGCGGCCUGAACACUCUACAGACACGCGAUGGCGCAGUGUCCGCCGGGGCGAUGCGGUUACCUAACACCUGUCAAAUGAGCGCAGACAGCGAUCUCAGACCUCCAGAUGUUGCUCUUUGUAGACCGAAUUCACUAACGGCGGAGCGAGGUCAUCCACAGAAACGACUGCUUCAUUGCUGCAUGUGCCGCCUGUCUUUGAUCGGGAAUUACAUUUUUAUUGCUUGCUAAACUUUUUUUUAUUUUUUUUAAAUAGAUCUAGCAGUUGAUGCCAAAUGUUGUGACAGCUGUUAAAGGCUGAAAAUCUAGCAACAGAAUUGCAAAUUUGGCCAGAAUGGCUAAGUUUCCCAUCGACAGUGAGCAGGCAAGCGUUGAUGAAAGGAAGCACGACACUACCUUCAUACCCCCUGUUUCUCUCCCCGCUCUGUUCCAGUCCCCCAUCCCACCUCCACAGCCUCCAUGCCCAUGCAGUCUUCAUGCUUUGUGCAUGUAGCUGUGAGACAGAACAUUUACCAAUCAGCUUUCAGUCAAGAGACUUUUAUCUUUGUGGGCGAUUCCAGUUCACGAAAGGUGCAGGGUCUGGAGUUGCCCAUUCCCCCAUUUUCCCCAGUUGUUUAUUUGAAUUAUUUAAAAGAGAAGCCAAGGCACCUGAUGUUCCAGGUGUAAAUCGGAUGCUGGUUCAGUUUUAAUGUUAGUAUCUUGUCGGGCCCAGUUUUCUACAUGGAGUAUAUAUGAGUAUAUACACCAGUAUGUAAGAUGUAUGGACACACGUAAUUACAGAAUGUGCAUUGUUUAUAAUGUAAUUCACAUGUGACUAACCAGGGAUGAGCUUCGGGGGGGGGGUGUUUUUUUUGUUUUUACCCCCACUAUUACUACUACAUUUGUGUAUUUCUUUUACAAGGCAUAGUGAAAUAAACCAAGUUACACAAUUACACGUUCAAGCAUUUAUUGGGAAUAUCACUGAGAACAAGCUAAGAUUUAAAGUUUUUUAUUUUUUUUUAAUUUCGAAAAACUGUGGUUCUGGCCUUUGAUGACUGGAGUUGCCCAACAAUCCUCCUCCCUUCUCAAACUGAAUUUUAUAACGCUCUGUAAAUACAUUUGUAAAUGAGUCAACACUGACUGAGACUAAUCAUUGGCUGCAGUAUGAAGAUGUUGGUAUCAACCAUUUCCGUGGCUGGAUUUUCAUUUUUAGUUUUUCCCCAUUUUUCUGGGUGGGUGUGGGGGGCGUUAAAUCAUUUGCCCAGAGGAGCUGGACAGAACCAUUCAGCUGGUAUGAGAAACACGUCUCCUGUGCACAAACCUGCAUACACCGUGCGUGUAGUCGCACACUGAGUUUAGAUGUAGAACUUGAUCAUCAUUUCUAAUCAUGUUGUAAUAUUGCUUGUUGUGUUGUGUAUGUGUUGUCCUGUGUUAAUGAGGAAAGGAAAAAAAAACAUAACAUUUUGCCAUCUGGCUCAGUAUGAUUAGACCUGAGAACAGAACAGUACCUUGGUCCAAUAGAAUCUCUUUGUAGACACGAUGUGGUUAAAAAUCAGUGGUCUAAUUGCUUAUUGCACAUCAACCUUUUUGACCUUCCAUUUUCUUUGUCUUUGUGAUCCAGCCAAUUACCCAUGGGAUAGACGAUUGAGUAACAGUGGUCUCUUCUGAGUGUUUCAAAUGGUUUUUUUUUUUUUGUUGUUUUAAAAAAAAUAUGAAAUAUUGAAUUAUGCAAAUUGAUGUACAUUUCCCUGAAUAAUGCAGUCUUACACAAUCAUGUGCUUAAAUGGUGAUUCAAUCGUUUCAUCAUUGGUUACAAUGACUUGGUUCUGAGGUUUCCUCUGAUUUCUGCCCCUGUAUCCACUAGUGCUUUGUAAGCUUGGAAUGGGUCAUGGUCAAAUCUUUACUGGCAAAAAAGAUCAAAGAACAUCUCCUGUCACAUCUUUAGAGACUGCAACCCUCUUUUUGCAUUGACACUUUUAUUAGGUUGUUUUAAAAUGUUGCUGCUGCACGUCCUGUUUGAGUUUUCGGCGUAUAUCGUGCUUGGGCGCUACCACCAUGUUGCGUUUCAUGACGGCGCAACAAAGCCACUGGAUUUUUGCCACGGCAAUGGAGAAAUGCCUCUCUCUGGGCCUCCAUUUGCUAUUUUGGUUUUCAUAGAAGUGACACAUUUCAUUUGACUUUGCACUUGAACAACAAUAUGAGUUGUUAUACAGUCUCAUUAAUUUUUAAUUAUUCUAAUGAAUAUAUAUAUUCCUUGACGCUUCAACUUCCAGUGACUGCUGUGGUCAAAAGUAAAUGAUGUAAAGGAGAAUUGGUGUGUGCCUGCUAUACUUUGCCAUGCUGAUAGACACCCCUCCAGGCAGCACAUAAGGAAAUGGGUGCUAAACUGAGAUGGAGUUUGGUAGAGGUUAGCAUAGUGGCCCCAUGUAUUCACUUCCGGUUAAGUCCAGCAUGGAAAUUUUAUUGAACCGCAUCCCAGAUUGCCUACGUUGUGUAGUAUAAAUAUUGGUGUGUUCAGGUGGUGUGACCCAUUCAGUGCUGAACGCAAUCUUGCACACUGGGUCUACAGUCAGAAGUGCUACAUUGCAGAUUAGAUGCCGGUGUGUCGUAGGUAAUACACCAGGUGUGUUUCUUAUUUGAAGCGCUACACACAUUCAGAGUUAUACUGCUAAUCAAAUGAAAUGUGUAAUAGGCCAAAGUUGGCCAAAAUCCAGAACCCACCCACCCCAGCCCC